GCUUACGAGUAUUGACAACUCUGUCAAACACGGUGGUGUCAAUUUUUCUUUUAUCCGGCAUUUAUAUUAACAAAAAGCUAGCAGCAUAUAUAUUUUUGCACGAAAAAUAUUUAUAAAAUUUAAUUUGUAAAGUGUGUUUGUUUUUUUAGAAGGACAAGCAUUUAGAUCACUAAACGAUGACUUAUUCCGAAGCUGAUGUGGUGCUUUUUAGCAUAUUGGCUUUAUGUAUUUUAGAGAAUUUAUUUGAAAUUUAUUUAUCUUUACGUCAGGUUAAAGUUUAUAAAAAUGCCAAAGAAGUACCCGCUGAACUGAAAGAACACAUGAAUGAUGAAACUUUUCACAAGGCACGCGUCUAUGGUCUGGACAAAGAACAAUAUGGCAUUUUUAAGGAUCUCUUAAUGGAUGUUAUAAUUGUUCCCCUGGAAUUAUAUUUUGGUCUCAUUGCCUAUUUCUGGCAAAGUGCUAUACAAGUGGUGCAAAAACUGAAUUUAAAUGCUGAAAAUGAAAUCGUAGUUUGCUGUUUCUUUGUUGUCAUUCUCAGUCUGUUUGGCUAUGUUAAGGACUUACCAUUUAAAAUCUACAGUACUUUUGUUUUGGAACAAAAGCAUGGUUUCAAUAAGCAAACUCCUGGUUUCUUUAUUUGGGAUCAAAUCAAGGGUUUGUUGGUUAGUAAUAUCUUUUCGGUGCUACUAUCGGCAGCUGUUGUCUUUAUUGUGCAAUGGGGUGGUGAACAUUUCUUUAUCUAUUUGUGGGCCUUUGCUGGUGUGGUAUCCUUGGUGCUGUUGACCAUUUAUCCCAUCUUUAUUGCUCCUUUGUUCGACAAAUACACUCCCCUGGAGGAGGGAGAAUUGAGAACUUCUAUAGAAAAAUUGGCAGCUUCAUUGAAAUUCCCCUUAACCAAGCUAUAUGUUGUAGAGGGUUCCAAACGUUCUUCGCACAGUAAUGCCUAUUUCUAUGGCCUCUGGAAUUCCAAGCGCAUUGUUUUGUUUGAUACUCUAUUGCUCAAUAAAGGCAAAAAGGAUGAUGCCGAUAUUAAAGAAGAAGACAAGGGCAAAGGCUGCACUAAUGAAGAAGUAUUGGCAGUUUUGGGUCAUGAAUUGGGUCACUGGAAAUUGGGCCAUGUUACCAAAAACAUCAUCAUUAUGCAGGUGAACUUACUGCUUAUCUUCUUUGUUUUCAAUUACUGCUUUAAAUAUGCUCCCUUCUAUGAAGCUGUGGGUUUUGCUCCUGGUGUUCGCCCCAUUCUAGUGGGUCUCUUUAUUGUACUCACUUAUGUCAUGGCUCCCUACAAUGCCAUACUCGGCUAUGCCAUGACCAUGCUCUCCAGACGUUUCGAAUAUCAAGCCGAUGAAUUUGCCCAAAAACUCGGUUUCACCGCUCAACUACAAAAGGCUUUGAUUAAGCUUAACUUAGACAAUUUAGGUUUCCCCAUACACGAUUGGUUGUAUUCUUCAUGGAAUCAUUCUCAUCCUACUCUAUUGCAGCGCAUGCAUAGACUUGAAGAAUUGGAAAAAGCGGAGAAGAAGACAAAGUAAUUUAUUUUUGCUGAAAUACAUUUCGUAAUUUUAGGUAUCUUCUAGUUUUUGUUUUAAAUUUUGAAAAAAAAAACACGUUUGGCGUUUUUUUAAUGCAAUUAUGAUGAGAUCAUAUGAUGUCGGAUCAGUUGAAGUAUAUAUUCAUUAUUUUAUUAUUUUUU